UCACCCGCCCGUGCCUCCCCGUACUCCCCCAGCAGCCCUCCUGGGCCCACUGCACACGACUCCAGAUGGACUUACACCGAGCCGCCUUCAAGAUGGAGAGCUCCUCCUACCUCCCCAACCCCCUGGCCUCUCCGGCCCUGAUGGUGCUGGCCUCGACCGCGGAAGCCAGCCGCGACGCCUCCAUCCCCUGCCAGCAGCCGCGCCCCUUCGGGGUUCCGGUCUCCGUGGACAAGGACGUCCACAUCCCCUUCACCAACGGCUCCUACACCUUCGCCUCCAUGUACCACCGCCAGGGCGCGGUCCCGGGGGGCUUCCCCAAUCGCGACUUCCCCCCCUCCCUCCUCCACCUGCACCCCCAGUUUGCCCCCCCCAACCUGGACUGCUCUCCCAUCAGCAUGCUGAACCACAGCGGAGUGGGCGCCUUCCGCCCCUUCGCCUCGGCCCCCGAGGACCGCGAUGGCAGCGGCUACCAGUCCGCUUUCACCCCCGCCAAGAGACUGAAGGGCUGCCUGGAGGCCGACGCCUCGCCCCACCUGCGCUACUCAGACGCCGAGGGCAAGGAAUACGACUACGGGGGCGCACAGAUCCCCACCAGCUCGCCGGGGUCCCUAAAGGCCGCCGAGGAGGCUGGCAAGAAGAUCUUUGCCGUCUCUGGCCUCCUUUCGGACCGCGAGGCCUCCUCCAGCCCAGAGGACCGCAACGACCGCUGCAAGAAGAAGACCUCCCUGUAUGACAGCCAGGCCCCUAUCUGUCCCAUCUGCCAGGUUCUGCUGCGGCCAGGAGAACUCCAGGACCACAUGGAGCAGGAGAUGGACAGGCUGACCCAGCUCCACAUCAGCAAAAACCCAGCCCAUAAGGACUGUGUAACUCCGGGCACGCCUAAGUCUAUCCUGUUAUCAGUGCACAUCAAACGGGAAGGAGAGUCUCCCACUGCCUCUCCACUGUCAUCUGAAGACAUCCACCACUCUGACAGAUACCAGACAUUUUUACGAGUGAGGGCAAACAGACAAACACGAUUGAAUGUCGAUGACCUCUGCUGGUGCAGGCGCUACGCCAGGGAAAGUGGCAAAACCGUACCUUUACGGCCGCACAACGGAGCCCCCUUUGUCCCCUGCUGCCCGCGACAUGCUCGGAUCGGGAAGAUGAAGCGCCGGAAGCCAGAGGAUGGACAGGUAUGUCCACUGUGCGGCACAGCGCUGGCAGGCACGGAGCUGGAGAUGAGUAGGCAUGUGGAACAGUGUCUGUUCAAGAGAGAUGGCGCGUGCGGGGCGGAGGAGGACUCGGCGGAGAUGGAGGGGGAGAACGGAAACCGCUUCGAGGAGUACGAGUGGUGUGGCCAGAAGAGGGUCCGCGCCACGUCCCUGCUGGAAGGGGGCUUCAGAGGCUCAGGCUUUGUGACGUGCAACAGUAAAGAAAACCACGACAGCGACGCAGACCUGGAUGUCGAUGGCGACGAUACCUUGGAAUACGGAAAAGCACAGUACACAGAAGCAGACAUCAUACCAUGUUCAGGAGAGGAGCCAGGAGAAGCCAAAGAAAGGGAGGCACUGCGAGGAGCAGUUUUAAAUGGUGGCACACCCUCCAACAGAAUAACACCAGAGUUCUCCAAAUGGGCCAGCGACGAAAUGCCCUCGACGAGUAAUGGGGAGAGCAGCAAGCAGGACGCCAGUACAGCCACUAUGCAGAAGACAUGUAAAAACAGUGACAUUGAAAAGAUCACGGAGGACUCGACGGUGACCACGUUCGAAGCGCUAAAGGCUCGUAUCCGGGAGCUGGAGAGGCAGCUGUCACGGGGGGACAGAUACAAGUGUCUCAUCUGCAUGCGGAAGAGAUUCCAAACAAGUGCUGAAGACAAGAAUCUGGAACCCGAAAUUAACAAAUCAGAGAGCCGGGGCGCAAAGAGACUCCCGCUCAACAUAUACUGUUUAUAUAGAGGAUACUUAAUGGGUUCCGGUGGAAUAAAACAGUUACUGCCACCAAUGAGGGACUCCUACACAAUGCCCCUCACCUCCAUUCAGUGUUGGCACGUACACUGCGAGGAAUGCUGGCUCCGGACUCUGGGGGCCAAGAAGCUCUGCCCACAGUGCAACACCAUCACAUCGCCCGGAGACCUGAGGCGUGUCUACUUGUGAAGGACGCAGUUCUCUGACUGGCCCCCAAAAUUUCUUCCAUCCUGUUCAUGGAUUUUUAUUUCUUUUUGUUUGCUGUUGUUAUAUUUGAGGCCAAGUUUUUUUUUUAUGUUGUGGCUGUCGUUGGUUUGUUUGCUUUUUUUUAAGAAAAAAAGCACCUCUUAAAACUAAACAAGAGCCUAGACUCUGCCUGGUUUAUGGACGCUGCAGGAGGUGACCAUACAGAACAGGCCUCAGAAAAAAAAAGAACCCAAUGACUUUUUUGUGACAUGUCCACUUGGAAUCCCUUUGCUUCACCUUAUUUUCCUCCAGGCUUGCGGUGGUACAGAUACCUGGCACUUGCUGUACUCUUGACCACGUAAGAUGAAGGUACCACGCAGGUACAACAUCGCUGCCCUCUCCCCAGUCUUGCUGAACGCUCUGCGCUGACCCCAUGCCAGGUGUUUUUUUUUAUCCCUUUUGCUGCUGUUUUCCCUGUAAAAACGUUCACUUUCCACAACAUGAGAUUCCAAAAGGCCGUCGUUGAGCCAGAGAGUCGAUGAAGAAAGAGGUUCUUCUGGGGACGACGUAAGGAUGGAGCUCUCAACCAAACUGCUAACCUCGAGACAUCCUUGGGAUAAUCCUGUUUUCUCAUUUUUCCCCCUAUUUUUUUUUUUCUUGUGGUGUUUCAGUGAGUAAUUAUUCAACCGAAUUAAAAAGAAUAAACACAACGAGAAGGCGGAAGCACAUGUAAUAUAUUCUAUGUAUGUUUACAAUGUUGUGUAUAAAUGGAAUAGAAUUAAAACACGCUACACACACAUAUAAUUAUGUAUUAAUAAAGUCCAGUUUUGUUGGGUAUGGAAGAGGGAAGAUUUGGAAUGUGGAAGGGGGGAGGGGGUAACAUUUCAAAGUGGUAAAUAAGAAACCCUCAGUAUUUUUUAAACAGCUGUUGUCUUCUUGAGGUUGGAGUUGUAUUUCAUUGUACAGAAAGGAAACCUGAUAAUAAACAAAGCUACUACUCAAAAUAGCAUUUCAGAAUUAAGUGGUGUACAUUUUUCUUCAUUGUAAGAUAACGAGCUGUAGUUUGGUGGUGGGGGGCAGGAUUUGGAGAGAUGAAAUACCCUUAAGUUAAACAUACUUUUAAGGUGGUACAACAGGCGAAAAUGACUUUGUAGAUGUAGUGUGCAGAUUAUUUGUAAAUCAAACCCCUGGCAGAAUAAAGUAAAAACUGUCAAAAGUUCUCUUUUUAUUGGAAAAUCAAUGUCUUGUUAAUGCAUUUUAGCCACACUCUUCCAUAAAUGACCACUUAUUUUAAAGAUGCAAGAAUGCUACAGGUUUAAGGUAACAGAACAUGCAGACAUACAGUUCAGUAAUGGAAUGAGUCUGCUGUUCAGAAACUUGGUCAGUUUCUGAAGAUCUUUUGUUUUCUGUGUGUGCUGGUCACAGCAGUUUACUUUGCUUAUAUCAUUUCUGAUGGAGACAUUGAAAAGUUCUGAUUCAUUAUCUUCACAGGAUAUCUCACCUCUGACCAGUGUGUCACUGAUCAGGUUCCUCUUAAAGAUUUAUUUCAGAGUGUUUUGGGUGUGAAACCUCUUGGUUUACCUUUAUUUUGUGCCCAUGUAAUUGCAUUGUGUAUCAGUUCUAGAAUAAUAUUGUUACCAUUUGCUAGGUAAAUUCAUAAUAGUACAGAACAUUGUUAGAUUUUCCCUUGAAAAUGACCUUUUGGCUUCUUUGUAAAACAAAAAAAAAAAUCAUUCCUUUAUUCUGUCAGGCAGCAAAAUCCCAGGAUACAAGUGAAAGCUGAGAAAAAGAGGUACUUUGUAAAACUCCCCUACUGAAGCCAGCCUGGGUCAGCUACCAUCUACACACAAUGGGAAGGAGGUUUUGUCUGUGGUUCUGCAGUAGUUCGCAGGUGUGCUGUCUGCUUUGGGGGUAGCGUAGUUCUGCAGGCUAAAGUACAGUACAAAAUCACAAACCUUGGCCUUUUGCGAUGGUGAGGCUCUUGGUCCCAGCCAGCGUGGUCACUAAACCACUUGCAGAAGUACUGAAGGAGCUGUGUAGCGUUUUGUUGAGCAACAGUGUGCUUUGUAUCUGUAAAACAAUAUGUAUCCUGUAAUAAUGUUUGUUUCAAUGUAAGCAAAAGAGAUCAGAGGUCCAUGCUGUAUAAAAAUAUAUAUUUUAAGUAUCAGAUGUUGAGAAAGGGUAUCUAGGGCCUCAGAUGUAGCCUCUUACUGUUGUUAUUCAGUAGUUGAUUGGUCAUCCUUGUUACUUGGGGAUACUGCGCCCUCACUUCUUCAGAAGCGUGUGUAUUUGUCAAGAACUUUCCGCGAUUUUCUUUUUUUCCAAGAACAUUUGGGAUUGCCGCCCUUCUAAUCUCUUGAGAUGGCAAAGGUGGCAAUCAAAGACAUUCUGGACAAAAAAAUCAGUAAGCAAGCUUUUAAAACAGGAAAAGGGUAUAGCUUUCAAAACGAAAUCCCACUACAGCUUAAUUUGAAAAAAUAUCCACAAAUUUGUGGCUGUUUUGUGCUUGUGGUUGCUUUCUUCAAACUGAAUUUUAAUGGCACAUACCUUUGGGUGGACCACCAAGGACUGACUUCCUGCAAGAGCUGUGAAAAGAACUGGAUUUCCAAAAUCACAUUUGUAAAAUUCCAAGUGAAUUUGUAACCGAAGUGUGCUUUUCUCCCAUUUCAUUUUCUGUGAAGAUGUACCUUCACCUUUUACUUAUAUAAAUAAAACAUUUACUGAAAUAGUUUCUCAGCUUCUUAGCUGCAUCUUUGUUAACUUGCGUGUUACAGCAGUAUUUAAACACUCCAGCCUCUUCUGGGGACUAAAUGCUAAAAGGCCUUCUUUAGAAAACUUCAUAAGUUACGAACACGUAUAUGACUGAGGCUGGGAUUUUGCUUUCUUAGAGUGAGCUGGAAAGGCUUGUGCUGAACGUGGGACCAGAUGGCAAACGUUUGACAACGUAAAUGUUCAAAAUUAAAAUGUUCCUUGAUCUCAAGAUGAAGACCUUUUAGUCGUGCAUUUGCACAGAUAUCUGAGCACUGCAACAUUUGAAAAUGUUGGAGAUUAAUUUUGUUGCAUUUGGAUACUGUGGACCAUCCUUGUUUCACUUGGGUCAUUCCAAUCAGGACAAUGUCUCGGAGCUCUGUGCCCUGUGAGUAUGAAUUUGCUUGUGAGGAGGCGAAGCGGUCUGGGUAGCUUUUACAAACAUGGUCAAAUUUCUGAUUAUACUUGAAAAAUGCAGUAGCCCUUUCUUUUUAUUUCAUGAGAGUUGAGAUCUCCUUACUUCCUCUGCCAUAAUUACUACUAGGGAAUUAAUGAAACCUGCCCCCAAAGAAGACAAAUUGCACAAGGUGGUUUCUCGAGUUGUGUCAGAUGAUGUGUGUCAUGUAUAUUCUCUGAAAUGGUACGUGUCUUUCCCGUUUGUAAACUACAUUUGACAUCAAUUAAAGGUUCAUAAAUCUUGA